CGAUCUACUCGCACUCCUUCGGACGGCCCAAGAGAAGCACGUACUGAUGGAAGAGGCUGUGAUAGGAAACGCAGUUCUGAAUACCAUGAUCCCUGCCAGGACUUUGCGAACCGAAGUAUACGCUGCUUGCAUCGCAACGGCGGCGACAAAGAUAUGUGUCAAGACUACUUCCAAGCUUACCGAGACUGCAAGAAGGAGUGGACUACAAAGCGGCGG